AUGAGUGAAACACCUUCAACUAGUUACUCGGUGAAUCAGCCAAACUCCUCCGAGAGUGAACAGAGUUUAUCCACGCGCCAUUUCAAUGUUACUGAACCUGUUGUGGCAAAACGGAUCUGUUUCUAUAAAAGUGGAGAUCCUCAGUUUAAUGGGAUCAAGAUGGUCAUUAAUAACCGAUCUUACAAAACAUUUGAUGCCUUGCUGGAUAGUUUAUCCAAACGGGUCCCAUUACCUUUUGGAGUAAGGAAUAUUAGUACACCAAAAGGGAGACACAGCAUCACCAAUUUGGAGGAUCUUGAAGAUGGAAAAUCUUAUAUUUGCUCCCAUCAGAGGAAAAUGAAGCCCAUCAACCUGGAACAGGCUAGCAAAAAGCCGCUGCCCUGGCAGAUCAGUAGGCCUAUCAGCGCUCAUGGAUUUGGCCAUCGAGAAAACAAAAUAACAACUCCCAAAAAGAUGCUUGUUUUCAAAAAUGGGGAUGUAAGACUCAGGCGCACCAUAGUUCUGGGAAAGAAAAAUACACAAACCUUUGAGGCCUUUCUGGAUUAUAUGAGUGAGUUAAUGCAAUAUCCAGUCGUGAAACUAUAUACCACUGAUGGCAGAAAGGUUCCUAAUCUUCAGGCCCUGAUACUGUGCUCUGGAGCUGUAGUCGCAGCAGGGAGAGAGUCUUUUAAACCAAGCAAUUAUGAUUCUCUUGGGUAUUCACGGCCUGCUAAAUUGCUUGGAAUUGCAAAUCGUGUGUACCCAAAAGCAAAUGCUAAGUCAGAAAGUGAAAAUAUGAGAGCUGAAAUGGGCUCAAGAUCUCAGAUAUUCUCAGUUUCUUCUGAUAAAGGGUCCAGCAAUGAUAGCAAUUCAAAUGGUAACAACUCAGAUUCUUCCUAUGUUCCUGACAGUCACAAAACUAUAGGAGGAAAUCAGUCAGUUACUGGUGAAGACUUAUCCGUGGCACAGUAUGAAGAUGACAUUGAGAAAUCUGUUCACCUUAAUCAAGAUGGCAGUAUCACAGUGGAAAUGAAAGUUCGAUUCAAAAUUAAAGAGGAAGAAACCAUUAAAUGGACAACAACAGUAAGUCGUGCUGGCCUUUCUGAUGACAAAAAUACCACCAUUUGCAAUUCUGCAAUGCAUGCCGAAGACUGCUUAUCCCAUGUAAAUGUAUCAGAACGUAUAAAACCAAAAGAUGCUCCAUUUUUGAAGAGCUACUAUAAAGAAGAGGGAGACUCAUUACAGCAAUUCAAUGCAGAAGUGUCAGACAAAGAAUCAGAGUCUGAUUUAAAAACUGCUGGUUAUAAUACCUGUAAGAAGAACAAUUCUGCAGAUCUAGACAUAAGCAAUGUACCUGAGGAUAAUAUCAGGCCUCGCUUUUAUAGGCCUCCCACCCCUGGGCCAAGGCGUGUUAGACAAAAGAAAGCAGUAGUUGAAAGUGUCACCUUGGUAUCUGAGAAAGAGGUUCAGGAGAAGACAAUAGGACAGUUUUCCUACAGUGAGGAAAUACAGAAUGGAGAAAAUAAAUCUGAGUAUUGCAUGGUAGCUCAUUCAAGUAGGAAAAAAGCAAGUGUCAGUAAUCCAAAGUUUAGUGAGAUGAGUGACAAUGAUAUAUUAAAGCUUUCUUCAGAGAAUAUAAAAGAAGAAAUAUAUUCAGAAUUAUGUCAGUCAAAAGAAGAAACAAAAUGCAAAGCUGCUGGUUUAUUACCUGUUUCUCAAGAUUCAGUGCAUUCAGCCUCUCCUGGACAUAGCCAGAUGAAGAUGAUGGUACCUCCAUGUAGUAAAGAUCCUACUGAGAAAAUAAAUCCAACAACUGGAUUUUUUCCUACUGUUACUGAAAGUGAGAAUCAAAUCUGUGUCAGGACUGAAUCUGUGACAGCAACACAUCUCAUUGAUGACAGCCAAUCUGCAUCUUCCCUCACCAAAAAGAAGAAGAAGAGAAAAUCGCCUAACUUUCUAGAGCAAGGAACAUAUGAAAAUCAAAAAGAUAAAGAAAUUUCAGGGAUAAUUAAAAGUGAGGGAAUGCAUAUCACAAGCAAAGCCACACAGGAUUCCACAACAGAGGCUAUGGAUAAUUAUUCUGGAAUGCCUCAGAAAAAAGGAACAGAAUUUUUUGUAAAAAACAAUGACGGGUCUGUCAAUUCGGAUAAAAGCACAUGUCCUGAAGAUGAGUUCUAUCACCAGGAUUCAGUGGAACAAAAUGGAUUAUCAUCUAAUAAAAAACCAAGAAGUAAUAACAAGUUGGCCAAGAGCACCAUUACACUAGAGGCUCUAAAACAGGAGGAUUUUCAAGAGGAGGUUGCUGAGCAUUCACUUGAAAACUAUGUCCAAACUUGGCUGAAAAACUUGUUACCAAAUUCUGUCUUACCCCCUAUAAAUAAAAAAGAAGGGAAUGUAGAGAAUAGCAAUGUCUGUCAUUUUCCUAAAGAAAAUACUGAUGCUUCUAUAGACAAAGAAACAAGAUUUAUCACAAAUAAAGUGCAUGUGACUGGAAAAAACCAUCUGGCUGAACAUAAUCUAACCAAAAAAACAUUAAAGCCUGUUUGUGAAUUGGGAACUUUAGAAGAAUCAGCCAAAGAUUCAGGUGAAAAACAAACUGACUCUUUGAUUCAUGCUAAUGCAACUAUAGUAGAAGAAGCCAAAUAUUCACUAAAGUCAGAAUUUCAUCAUGAUGGUAAGCUACACUUGUUUCAUGAAACAUAUGACAAUGAUAAAAAGAUGUCAGAAGUUGAUAUUCAAGAUACCAACCUAUGUCAAAGAAAAAAAUCUGAAGUUGCUGUUCAAGUUGAUUGCACAAUUGUCAAUGAGAAAAUGGGAAUUGAUGUUCAGAAUAAUUGCAUGUCUAGCAUGUUGCUACAUGAACUACAAUCAACUUUUCUUGGUCUCCAGAAAGAACAUAAUGGAUGUAUAGGAAACGCUUGCAGCCUUUCAGAUCUUUCAGCUUUUGGUUCUUCCUCCAAUGUCCUCCUAGCUUGGCUACUUGUACUGAAUCUGAGAGAGAGUUUGAUUGGGACAAUCAAAGAUGAUAUGCAAAAACCUAGCUGUAGCUGUUCUGAAAUAUUUACACAGUUACAAUUUCUGAAACAAACUGCAGUCAUAGAAAAAGUUGAUGAACUGAAGGCUGCCUUCUCACAUUUUCAACAAUCAACAGAAAAUAACUUACUACACUUUGGGACGGAACUGAAAAAGCAGAACUCCACACAUUGCCAUGAGAAUAUGCCCAUAUCUGAAAUUCAUAAUGGUAUACAUUUGCAUGAAAAUGAAAAAUCACUUGAGCCUUGUAUUCCAAAGGACAAUGUAAAUUCUGAAGAAACUCCAAAAUUGACUGGUGAAUUAGAAAGCUGUUUUGAUAUACAGAAAGAUCUUUGUAGAGAAACAGAGACUUUAGACUUGAGUGCUCCCAAAACACAGCUAGAUGGUCAAUAUGCCAAUACUAAUUCAAAUACCUGUAGCCUUGCAUCACCUAUAGAGUCACCUGAAAGAAACGUAGAAAUGCCUGGUAGCCUACAUAAAAAAUCUCAAGAUAAAAACGCUGACACAUCAUUCACUAAUGAAGAGUCAGAAACUUCAGUAGAACCUAACUCGACAGUUCAUAGUGUAACUUCUAAUGAUAAAAAUUGUAUUUUAGGUCAGGAUACUUCUGACUUAGAAGGUGAAAAAGAUAUUAUACAUGUUACUACUGAUAAAAGUGAAGAUGAGAAAGUGGAUCCAAAGUCAGCAGGUAAUGACAAAAAAACAAAUAACCAACUUAAACUAGCUGCUGAAACCUCUGUAGAAUAUAAUAAUGAGGAUUAUUCUGUACAGAACGACAAGGAAGAUGCAGAAACUUGUGAGGAAACCUCUGAGAGGUUAUCUACAGUUUCUCCAUUAUCAUUUUGUUAUGAAUCAAAGCAAAUUACAGAAUGUGAUACGAGCGAAGGAGAACAGAAAUUGCAAGUAGAAGAACUAGAGAAUAAAAUGUGUUCAGACACUUCUCAAUUAAAAAAAUGCUUAAAAAGUCCUGCUACUUCAGACUGGUCAGAUUACAGGCCAGAUACUGAGGAGAGUGAUUAUAACUCUAGAGCAUCCAGUGAUUUGACCAAUGAAAGCGGGGAGGAAGCAGUACUUGAAAAACAUUAUAAUACUGGCUAUGUAAAAAGAACUAUUGAACGACUUUAUGGCAAGACGGAAGCUUCCUUUAAGCCUGACUUUCACAAAGGUUUUCCUUAUAUGUCAAAAGUAUUUCAAAAGGAUAUUGAAGAAUUCCACUCUGCAGUGGUGGAAAAAAACAUUUAUUUUUCUCAAGAACCUAGGUCUUGUCCUGCAGAGAAAUUGUCACAUUCUUCACUACCAUCACAAGAAUUUCCAGUAAACAUAAACAAAGACAACACUAUAUCGAGAGGAGAAAAUACUUCUUUACCAACACCACAACCUACUCUUAACAGAGAAGAGACAAGUUAUACUAAUGACUGUUCAGGGGAGUCUCCAAAGCAACAUUGUCAACCUAGCGUACGAGCUAGUGAAGAUGAAGGAAUAUUGAUAGAUAAAGGCAAAUGGCUUCUAAAAGAAAAUCAUUUGAUAAGAAGAUCACCACCUGAACGGAUUGGAAUGUAUGGUAAUCUGGAUACAACAUCAACAGACACAGUCCUUGAUACUAACAGUGAUGAUGUUCCAUACUCGCACUUUGGCAAUCUGAAUCAAUACCCAGUCCUCAAUGAAAUCUCUUCUUCAGAACUUGAAGACAUGGCUAAACCCUCUGAAAAUUUUUGCAACUACUUCAACAUACCUCAUAACAGUGAUUCAGACCCCUUUCAGGAUGAGUUAAGUACAAAAAGAAAACCUAGCUGCAAUGAUAAGAUCACUUCCCUUCCUGCAGCAAACAAAGAAAAGAUCAAACCAUCAGUCGUGGUAGGUUCUACUUCCACGCAUCUUUCUACACAGGCUGAUACCAAUUUUCCAGCCUUUACAUCUGUAGAAUUUAGAUUGCCUGAUAACAAGGUGCAUCCAUUGGAACAGCCUUUAAAUGAUGAACCCAUACAGUCUCAGCCAACUGAUGUUAGUAAUGCUAACAGAAGUGCUCUUCAGGAAGAAGAUUCUCUGGAUAAACUCCAUGCUAUAUGUGGCCAACAUUGUCCAAUACUGAUGGUAACAGUAACACCAGUUAAUGAGGAACAGAGAGGAUAUGCCUACCAAAAGGCAUCUGAUAUUGAGAACCAGCUGGGUCCAUGUUUGUUGGCCAAAAAGAGUGAACAUUUACAAUGGUCAGGUGAAGAUUUAAUAACAGACAAAAAUAAUCAUGUGACUCUGAAAAAUAACUGUAUCAAUAAGAUUGCAAAUAAUAUUUUUAAUAGGUUUUAUGCUAAUAACACAUUAGAUUUUAUUAGUAACUUUGGAAUACUUGGAUCUUCAACUCUGAAAGACACAAGCAGUUUAGGGAGGUUACAUGUUAUAGAGGAUAUGAAUGUAAAACCUGUGGAAGUCAGCAAUUGUCAAAAUAAUGUAUCCAAACACAUACCCAAUGAUCUUGUGAUGGGCACAACUAGGAAAUGGAAGGUGUCAGUCUUCACCAGUGAUAUGCCAUCUGCAGGAACAAGCUCAAAGGUUUAUAUUACAUUGUAUGGGGAUCACAGCAGCUCGGGGCCUAUUUUUCUUGAUGGAGAGGAGGGAAAAUUAUUUCAGAGAGGCAAUGAAGACAUAUUCACAGUUGAUACUGGAAACAUAGGACAUCUCUACAAAAUACGCAUAGGACAUACGAAUGCAGGAAACUCCCCUGCCUGGCACUGUGAAGAGGUGCAGUUGCUGAACCUUUUCUCAGGGGAGCAGUUUUCUUUCCCUGCACAUCGAUGGCUGGCCUGGGACCAGGCUGAUGGGGAAAUAUCUAUGGAGCUUCCUGUUUUACAGCAUGGUCAGCCUAUUCUUCCAG